AUGAAGUUUAUGAAACUUGGAUCCAAACCUGAUUCGUCUCAGUCUAAAGAAGACAAUGUUCGGUAUGUAGCAACUGAGUUAGAAACAGAGAUUAUUGUCAUCAUUGGCAAUGUCAAAUUCUAUCUUCAUACGUUUCCAUUGCUGUCCAAAAGUGGACUUUUGCAGAAACUCAUUGCAACAUCAAAAAAUGAAGACAAGAACCAAAUUGAUGAGAUUGACAUAUCUGAGAUUCCUGGUGGUUCUGCUGCUUUUGAGGUUUGUGUCAAGUUCUGUUACGGAAUCGCGGUGACCUUAAACGCUUACAAUGUAGUCGCAGCUCGUUGUGCAGCUGAGUUCUUGGAGAUGAAUGAAACGUUUGAGAAAAGCAAUAUUGUUUACAAGAUUGAUGUUUUCUUGAACUCAACUAUAUUCCAUAGUUGGAAAGAUUCUAUAAUUUUUCUCCAGACAACAAGGGAUCUUUCUCCUAACUCAGAGGACCUCAAGCUCAAGAUCGUUAAGCGUUGUCUCGACUCUGUUGCUUCUUUAGCUUCGAUAGAUACCUCGAAAGUCAAAUGGUCUUACACUUACAACAGGAAGAAGAAGCUUGAGAAGGUGAGAAAACCAGAACCGGUUCCAAAAGACUGGUGGGUGGAAGAUUUAUGCGAUCUUCACAUCGAUUUGUAUAAACAAGCCAUCGAAGUAAUCAAGAAGAGAGGGAGAGUCCCGGUUUUCGUUAUUGGAGAAGCAUUACACGCUUAUGCAGUAAGAAGAAUAGCUGGUUUUAGCAAAGGCUUAGUGCAAAUCAUUGACAGAUGUUUGACUAAUACAAUCAUAGAGCUUAUCCCGGAGGAGAAAGGAAGCGUUUCUUCUAGUUUCUUGAGUCAGCUACUUCGAGCAUCGAUCUUUCUCGGAUUUGAAGAAACCGUGAAAGAGAAGUUAAAGAGAAGGAUCAGUGAGCAGCUUGAGGAGACAACAGUGAGUGAUAUCUUGAUGUAUGAUACAGAAAUGGUGCAAAGCCUAGUCAAGGAGUUUAUGAACCGAGACACGAAAACUCACUCAAAAGAUGAUAUAACAGUGAAAACAUCGGUCGCAAAGCUCAUUGAUGGAUACUUAGCUGAGAAAUCAAGAGAUCCUAAUCUCCUUCUCAAGAACUUCCUCUCUCUCGCAGAGACACUCUCUAGCUUCCCAAGACAGAGUCAUGACGGGUUAUAUCGCGCCAUUGACAUGUUUCUGAAGGAACAUCCGGGGAUUAGCAAGAGCGAGAAGAAGAGAGUAUGCGGGUUAAUAGAUUGCAGAAAACUAUCAGCAGAAGCGUGCGAACAUGCGGUGCAGAACGAACGUUUGCCAAUGCGAGUGAUUGUGCAAGUUCUCUUCUUUGAACAGAUCAGAGUUAAUGGUUCAUCAACAGGUUACAGCACUCCUGAGCUCACGACCACAACUCUAAACACUGAGGAUGAUGAAUGGGACCAUGAGAAAGAGUUUUGA